CGCGGUCGCGUUCCUGGUUGUUCUCAGCCGCAGAGCGCGGGCUUCCGCCGGAGAAUUAGACUUUCAGGUGGAAAGUCAAUUGUCAAAGCCUGAGCGCCUCAUUGUGUCUGAGAGCAGCGGGUCUGGUCACUCUCCUGCUGUCUCUGAGGCGCUUUCAAGAAAGCCCACCCGGAAUCUCUUUAUUUCUGUUUUUAACCAGCAUUUUUUUUUAUUAUUAUUUCUGAAAUCGUCUUUUAGAAAACACACACACAGAAAUACGCAGUAGGAUUUUUUUUUCUCCCCCCCCAAUCCACCUGUGUGUUCUGCCUGCAGGCACCGGGGGCUCUCUUACACAUUCCCCAGGAGCGACGGACACAAGUCGCCCCGCUUCGACAAAACAUGUCCCGUUUUAAAGCGGAUUUUCUGGGCUGCAGCCGGCCACGCGACGGGGUUGAUCCAGACGGAGGGAAGCACUGAGAUAAAGAGAGAAAAGGGAGGAAAAAAACAGCUAAGCGCCAGAUCAUCGCCCGGCGACGCGGACUAUGACUGACAGCCAGGGGAGCUGAGGAGACCUGCCACUCAUUUUGCUAUCAGCGCGUCAGAGGGGCUCAUCUAGACCCCUUCUUCCUCCUCGGUCUUCUCUUAUCUUCUGUAACCUCAAAGUCCUGGGCCUCUCUGGAAGCUUGGAAAAACCCUUCUAAAUCAAGCAUUGCUCCCCCCGCCCCAAAGGGCAUUUGACAUGCCUCCUCACUUCGUUUAAGUCAUCAGAAAAAGACGACUGCAACCCACCACCCCCCUCCGGUUGGUACAUCUUCAGAAGGAGGCGCCGCUCCGUCGGAAGGAGCUGAGAGAGGAGCAGUCAUGAGGUUCCAUUUUGCACUGACCCUCCAGGCGAUAUGGACUGGCAUGUGCCACGCAGCCAUGCAGCACUACCCUGCAGCGUGGGGCCACUACGAUGUCUGCAAGUCCCAGGUGUACUCGGACGAAGGUUUAACCUGGGACUACAUGGCCUGCCAACCCGAGGCAGCAGACAUGACCCAGUUCCUGAAGGUCACUCUGGAUCCCCCCAACAUCACCUGCGGAGACCCUCCGGAGACGUACUGCGCUCUGGAGAAUCCGUACAUGUGCAACAACGAAUGCGACGCCAGCACCGAGGAACUGGCGCACCCUCCGCAGCUGAUGUUUGACAUCGAGGGACGCAACCCCACGACCUUCUGGCAGUCCACGACUUGGAAGAAGUACCCAAAAGCCCUUUUGGUCAACAUCACGUUGUCCUGGAACAAAACCAUCGAGCUGACCGACGACAUCGUCAUCACGUUUGAGUCCGGCCGGCCAGAGCAGAUGGUCCUGGAGAAAUCUCUGGACUACGGCCGAACCUGGCAACCCUACCAGUUUUACGCCACCGACUGCCUGGACGCCUUCACCAUGGAGCCCAAAACAGUGCAGGACCUCUCCCAGCACACCCUGCUGGACAUCAUCUGCACGGAGGAUUACUCCCGAGGGUACGUGUGGAAGUAUGACAAAACUGUACGCUUCGAGAUCAAGGACCGGUUUGCACUGUUUGCUGGGCCCAGACUGCACAACAUGGCCUCACUUUACGGUCAGCUGGACACCACCAAGAACCUGCGGGAUUUCUUCACCAUCACGGACCUGAGGAUCCGGCUGCUUCGGCCUGCCACCGGGGCCACCAUGGUGGACGAAAGCAGCCUGUCGAGAUACUUCUACGCCAUUUCUGACAUCAAAGUUCAGGGCAGGUGCAAAUGCAACCUUCACGCCAACAGCUGCGUGUUUGACAAAGAGAAGUUGAGCUGCGAGUGCGAGCACAACACCACCGGGCCUGACUGCGGGCGCUGUAAGAGGAGCUACCAAGGGCGAGCGUGGAGUGCCGGCUCCUACCUGCCCAUUCCCAAGGGCACGGCUAAUAUCUGUGUUCCUAAUAACAUUGGUCCAGUUAACUGCGAAUGCUUCGGCCACUCCAACCGAUGUAGCUACCUCGAGGUGCUAAACACCGUCAUUUGCGUGAGCUGCAAGCACAACACUAGGGGCCAGCACUGCCAGCUGUGCAAGCUGGGCUACUACCGCAAUGCCUCAGCAGAACUGGACGAUGAAAAUGUGUGCAUAGAGUGUAAUUGUAAUCCCUCUGGCUCAGUCAGUGAUCACUGUAAUGGCACAGGAUAUUGUACAUGUAAGGAGGGCACUACGGGCCCCAAGUGUCAGGAGUGCCUACCCGGCUAUUUGUGGGAAAAUGGCUGCAAAUCCCGGGUGUGUGACAACGAACUCCUGCGCUGCCAAAACGGCGGGGAGUGUGUGAACAACCGCUGCAGCUGUCCCGCCUCCCACACGGGCCUGCUGUGCGAGAAGCCCCGCUGUGAGUCCGAGCUGGGCGGCUGCAAGGGGCCCGAAUCGGGCCAGGCGUCCCUGAGGCCCCCUUCGCUCUGCGGCGUGCUGACGCUGCUGCUGGUCGGCGCGGCGCUGUGGAGGGAAACGCCGCGCCGGGCCGCCGCGCUCUGAAAGGACCUGUACCCCGAGUGGGAGCGACACUCAGUCCCACUCUCCCCACAAUACUUCCUUCCCUUAAAGAUAUCUGACAACCAUUUAAUUAAAUAAAAAAUUAAAAAAUUCACAAAAAAAAAAAAAAAAAAACAACCAUUAGCUUUCUGAACUGUGACGCACUGAGCUUUCUCCGCUGCCAGACUCGGUGCUGACAAUGACGGGAAUGUGCCAGACUAAAGCAGAAACUUUCCAUUUAAAUACAAAGAAUAUAUAAAAAGUAAAGAGUGUACGUCUAAAAUAAGAAGAAGAGCAAAAGUAUUAUUAAAAGUAUGAGUAACUGAGCAUUUGCCUGAUAAAUCAAAGAAUGGUGAGUUCCCCCCCCCCCACCCGCCUCCUCCACUCGCCUCCCUCUAAGCCAUACCAGGUACAAGAGGUCCUUCCAGUUUGGGGAGGAAUAACUCAACGUGACAGACUCGUUCACUCCCUUUCUUAUUGCCACGGCAACAACAGCUGCAGCCAAUCAACACUCGCACAAGCCGACGGCGGCCGUGGAUCCUCAGCUCUCCGCCCCCUCGGGACGCAUCUGCGAGUUAAUAUUUGCUGGACUGACGAUGGCGAAGAGAGAGAGAAAAAUAAUAAAAUAAAAUAAAAAUACCUGUCCUUGCCAAGCAGCAAAGAAGACUGUCCUCAGAGAUGAAAACUGUUACACUUCAAGGCGAUGACAGACGGAGAGAGGUGGAAAAAAAACUAAACAAAACAAAAUAGACAUUCUUUGCUGUCAGUGCAUUGUGGAUAGAAGGAAAUCUGUCCUGAUUGCCUCUUUGUGACGCAAAAAAAACUUUGCCCUCGUUAACCCAAAACUCCCACUGACAUCGUUCCCUCUUGGUCUUUCGGUCUCAUCCCUUCCCUCCUGUUCAGCCCUCUCACCUUUGACCCUCUACACCCUGACCCCACGCUGCCACUGACCUGUGCAUUUGUGAACUUUAACUCUGUAAACCCUCGUUGGUCGAAAGAUUCUUCUGUCCAAUGUUAGUGAUGCACAUGUGUAAGAAGCUCUCCUCUUCUCCUCUUCUCCUCCCUCUGUUCUCUCAUUCCUCUCUACUUCCAAAAAGAUAAUCUAGUAAAGCUGUCUGACUCCGUUUCUGUCUUAGGGCCACUUCGCUCCCUGCAAUCGUGGACAGAGGGUAGCAUUUUUUAUUUUGUUUUUAUUUUACCCUGGGCAGACAAGAAGUGCAUAGAGAACCAUCCAGUGUAUUUGCAAGUUCUUUUUCUUGGCAAAAUGAAGGAAAAACAAAAACAGAACAAAAAAAAAAACGAGUCAUGUAGUCCUUUUUGUAUCUCUGCCAAACUGUGAUUGAAAAAAGGCAACCUUUAAUGUAUCUAUUUAAGACAUCCAAAUGCAGAAGCAAUGUUAUUCUUCUCUUAUUAUUAAUUUUUUUUGUUAUUAAAUCAUUAUUUUUGUUUCUUUUUAGUUGUGCAGUUGAUUUCCCUUUGUAUUGGCAACGUGCUGGCAUCAAAGAAUAUUAGUUUACAUAUAAAGUAUUAAUAAAGUGUAUUAAAAUCCCACCAAAGGACAUUAUAAAUGUUUUGUUCUUGCUUUAACACUUGAAGAUUUAAGUGAAUAAAAGUGAAAAACUAAA